GGACUUUGACAGGUGAAGAUAAAAAAAAAGAAAAGAAGAUAGAGACGGCGCCGGAGCUGCAACAUGUUUUCGCCCAUGUCGCCCAAAAGUCGGCCGGAGAACGGCUCCGAGCCGGCGCGCGGCGGCGGGGAGCAGAUCUGCAUGGUGGAAUGUGGCUGCGGGCCGGACUGCACCCGACGACUCCACGCACCGGGCUGUGGAAGCAGGACGCGCGCCUCGGACCUGCAGGAGAAUUGCGCUGAUGUCGGGGAACAAGGCCUUGACAACUUGGCCUACGAGUAUGGGAGCCAGAGCGAGCUCUGCCCUCCGCCCAAAGCGGCCUCCAGGGUGACCCUACACCUGCCGGGCCUUGGCACCGAGCACCAGGCCCGAGCCGUCGAGACCAGAGUCUCCAUCCUGAAGGGGGUGUUCGCCGUCGGCUUGUCUUUACCCAGGAGGUUAGCCAAAGUGGACUACGACACCUCGGUCGUCACGACCAAAGAGAUCGCCCUGGAGCUCCAGAGCUUGGGCCACGGCGCGGAGUCGGCGGUGCAGAUCGGGGUGGACGGCAUGCACUGCGACUCCUGCGUGCAGUCCAUCGAGGAACACAUCGCUAUGCUGCUAGGGGUUAUAGAUAUCAAGGUGUCUCUUCAGGACGGCGCGGCGCUGAUCGUGUACCGGCCUCUUCUAAUUACACAGCAGGAACUGAAAGGGGCGAUCGAGGACAUGGGGUUCGAUGCCACCUUGUUAACCGAGGACCCGUCCAUGGACGAUAUAAGCUGCUGGCAGACGGACGCCUCGACCCCGUCCACGGAGACCGUAACCAUCGGGAUCGUAGGGAUGACGUGCGACUCUUGCGUGCGGUCCAUAGAAGGGAGAAUCUCCCAGAUGACCGGAGUGCAGUGCAUAACCGUGUCGCUGGAGGAAGGAAAGGGAACGGUGACCUUUGACCCCUGUCUGACGGAGCCGGAGCUGCUCAGGGCUGCUAUCGAGGACAUGGGCUUCGACGCGUCGCUCCAAGACCCUGCAAAGAGUGGCCAGAGUUAUGAAAAGCCCCGGCCGGCUGGCUCCGGACCUGCUCGCCUUCCUGACUCGCAGACGCCCAACAAGGCGGGGGUCACCAAUGGCACCGGAUCGCACAGGAACCCAAACUACCGCUCCCACUCGCCCGCCGUCAGAGCACAAAAAUGCUUCAUCUGUGUGACGGGAAUGACCUGUGCCUCCUGCGUGUCCAACAUUGAGAAGAACCUGCUCAAACACAAGGGAAUCGUCUCGGUGUUGGUCUCGCUAAUGGCAGGGAAAGCCGAGGUGAAAUACGAUUCAGAGCUCACCGACGCUGUGGCCGUAACUCAGCUCGUGGAAGAGUUGGGCUUCGGGGCCAAAUUGAUAGAGGACAACGUGGUUUCACGCGGGAGGCUGGAUCUCUCCAUAACGGGCAUGACGUGUGCGUCAUGCGUCCACAACAUCGAGUCCAGGCUCACCGCGACCAAAGGGAUCCUCGGGGCGUCCGUCGCCCUCGCCACGCAAAAAGCGCAGAUCCAGUUUGACCCAGAGGUGCUCGGCGCUCGAGAUAUUAUCACGAUCGUGCAGAGCCUUGGAUUCAAGGCCAGUCUGGUGAAGCCGGGCUUGAAGAGCAACCUCGACCACUCAAAGGAAAUCACACAGUGGAAGAACUCCUUCCUGCUCAGCCUCGUGUUCGGCCUGCCUGUCAUGGGCCUCAUGAUCUACAUGAUGGUCAUGGACAGUCAGCACGGGGAACACGGGGGCGCCAUGCCCGAGGAGCAGAACCUGCUGCCGGGCCUCUCCCUCCUCAACCUGGUGUUUUUCCUGCUCUGCACGCCUGUGCAGAUCUUCGGAGGCCGGUAUUUCUACGUCCAGGCCUACCGCUCGUUGAGGCACCGCACGGCCAACAUGGACGUGCUGAUUGUGUUGGCCACCUCCAUUGCCUACAUCUACUCCUGCGUGGUCCUCGUCGUGGCCAUGGCCGAGCAAGCCGCCCAGAGCCCCGUCACCUUCUUCGACACGCCCCCCAUGCUGUUUGUGUUCAUCGCGCUGGGUCGGUGGUUGGAGCAUGUUGCAAAGAGUAAAACCUCAGAGGCUUUGGCCAAGCUGAUGUCACUUCAAGCCACUGACGCCACGGUGGUCACUUUGGGACCCAACCUCUCCAUCAUCAGCGAGGAGCAGGUGGUGGUGGAGCUGGUCCAGCAGGGCGACGUCGUGAAGGUCUCCCCGGGAGGGAAGUUCCCCGUCGACGGCAAAGUGAUCGAGGGAAGCUCCAUGGCAGACGAGUCCUUGAUCACAGGCGAGCCGAUGCCCGUCAGCAAGAAGGUGGGCAGUCGGGUGAUCGCCGGCUCCAUCAACGCUCACGGCGCUCUCCUGGUGGAGGCGACGCACGUCGGCAACGACACGACUCUGUCGCAGAUAGUCAAACUGGUGGAGGAAGCUCAGACCUCCAAGGCGCCCAUCCAGCAGUUUGCGGACAGGCUCAGCGGCUACUUUGUGCCCUUCAUAGUUUUGGUUUCCCUGCUGACGCUGGUGGCCUGGAUCGCGAUCGGGUUCGUCGAUUUUGACGUGGUGAUGGAGAACUUCCCGGGCUACAACCAGAAUAUCUCCAAGGCGGAGGUUGUCGUGCGCUUUGCCUUCCAGGCGUCCAUCACCGUUCUGUCCAUCGCCUGCCCUUGCUCUCUGGGGCUGGCGACCCCGACUGCGGUCAUGGUGGGCACGGGGGUCGGAGCUCAGAACGGGAUCCUCAUCAAAGGAGGCGAGCCGCUGGAGAUGGCCCAUAAGAUUGGCGUGGUGAUGUUUGACAAGACCGGCACAAUCACGAACGGCGUGCCUCGGGUGACCCGCGUGCUGGUGCUGUGGGAGAUGGCCCGCAUGCCACUGAGGAAGAUCCUGGCGGUGGUUGGCACAGCAGAGGCCAGCAGCGAGCACCCGCUGGGCAUGGCGGUCGCCAAACACUGCAAAGAUGAGCUGGGCAGCGACGUGCUGGGCUACUGCCAGGACUUCCAGGCGGUGCCCGGCUGUGGGAUCAGCUGCCGCGUGUCGAGCGUGGAGCAUCUCCUUCAGCAGCAGGGCGACGAGCGCUUCCUGCUCCUGGGAGCCACCACGGACGAGAGCAGCCUGCUGUCUGCCGCCGAGGCCCCGUCUGCAGGUGAAGGGUCGUCUAACUCUGUGCUGAUAGGAAACAGAGAAUGGAUGAGGAGGAACGGUCACCAUAUUGGAGCGGACGUUGACGCCGCCAUGUGCAGCCAUGAGACCAAAGGGCAGACGGCCGUCCUGGUGGCUAUAGACGGUGUGCUGUGCGCCAUGUUGGCAAUUGCGGACACGGUGAAAGCAGAGUCGGCGUUGGCGGUGCACACGCUCCAAAGCAGGGGCAUCGAGGUGGUCAUGAUAACAGGAGACAACAGGCGCACGGCCAAGGCGAUCGCUGCACAGGUGGGGAUCAGAAAGGUGUUCGCAGAGGUGCUGCCGUCCCACAAGGUGGCCAAAGUGCAAGAGCUGCAGCAGCGAGGCCUGCGAGUUGCCAUGGUUGGAGACGGCGUCAACGACUCUCCCGCCCUCGCCCGCGCCGACGUCGGCAUCGCCAUUGGCACGGGGACGGAUGUGGCCAUCGAGGCGGCGGACAUCGUCCUGAUCCGAAACGAUCUGCUGGACGUGGUGGCGAGCAUCGAGCUGUCGAAGAAGACGGUGCGGCGGAUACGGAUCAACUUCGUCUUCGCUCUCAUCUACAACCUUGUGGGAAUACCAAUCGCCGCCGGUGUGUUCAUGCCCGCAGGCCUGGUGCUCCAACCCUGGAUGGGCUCGGCUGCGAUGGCUGCCUCGUCCGUUUCCGUGGUGCUAUCGUCUUUACUGCUGAGAAUGUAUAAGAAAACCCCUGUGGAGCUGUACGAGGUGUGCGCCAGAGGCCAGAUGAGGAGCCUCCGGUCGUCUCAGAUCAGCACACAUCUGGGCGUGGACGGCCGGCGGUGGAGCCCAGCGCCCGCCGCCGCGGCUCGCCGACAGCAGAGCGCCGCAGCCCAGCCCGCCCUCCCCGGUCAGGGACCGUCCGUUGUAUCCGUGCAGGAGCAGCAGGACCGCUACUCGCUCCUGGACCACCAGACCGCAGAGGACCUUAAUGUGUAGCCAAAGGGGAAAAAAAGGGAAGAAGGGCCGAGGAAGCCUCUGCCUGGUUCUCGUGUUUACAACAAUUUCCGUGAAGCUGUUGGUUUCAAUACUUCUGUGUUCGUGUAAAAGACCCGGCUACUCUUGCCCUGAAACUCAAAAGUAUUUUUGUUUAUUUUGGCGCCCAUUCAUCUUGAGCUUCAAAUCAACACUAAUCUCUCCCUUUCUUAUUGGACAUGUCUGAAUAUGGAGCUGCUAACACUCAGUUUGACUGUUUGGGAUUUUUUUAAUUUUUAUGUCUGAUUCCAUGGAGGGCAACAGGUUUUAAGUUGAUACAUAAAAUAAGUUUGCUUGCUUUUUACAUAAA